AUUUGUAUCUGUGUUGACCAGUCUUUGAUAAAACGAAGGCAACCAAGAGAAGAAAAACGAACAAGACGGCCGCCGGUUCGCUUGGCAAUCCAUCCAUCCAUCCUGCUAAAGGUGUUUGGUUGAUGAGAAAGUGAGGGAAAAAUACACAGAGAGAGAUGAGCGGUCGGACGAGUGGGAAGAGAAGGGCGGCGGCGGAGGCGGAGCUUGCAAUACAGUCGAUAGGGUUGGGGUAUGAUUUGACCGUGGACUUGAAGCUCAAGUACUGCAAGAGGCAGCAGUCAGGGCUUGAUAGUCGGUUGAUCGUCAUCGAUGAUGAUCAAGUUCGAGAGAUUGCGGUUCCGGGCGCAGGCGGCGUUUGCAUACCCAAUGUCCCAAAGUCCAUCAAAUGCGACAAAGGCGAGCGCAUGCGGUUCGCCUCUGACGUCCUCUCCUUCCAACAGAUGUCGGAGCAAUUCAACCAGGAAGUGGGUGUGUCAGGUAAAAUACCAACGGGGCAGUUCAAUACAGCUUUUGAGUUUACAGGAGGAUGGCAAAAGGACGCUGCCAACACCAAAACACUUGCUUUUGAUGGAGUCUCCAUCACCCUCUACAGCGUUGCUCUCGAUAAAUCCCAGGUUGCCUUGUGUGACCAUAUCAAACAAGCUGUCCCCUCCUCCUGGGAUCCCGCCGCACUUGCUAGGUUUAUUGACAAGUAUGGCACACAUGUCAUCGUUGGGAUCAAAAUGGGUGGAAAGGAUACCAUAUAUGCCAAGCAGCAGCACUCCUCGCCUCUCCAACCUGCUGAUGUUCAGAAAAAAUUGAAGGACAUGGCUGAUAAAAUGUAUAUAGAUGCAACUGCUCACUCUAGUCUCACUUCCGCAAAGUUGAAUGAGAGAGACAAGUUAGUCAAGGAGUCAAGGGCUAUCAUGGAUAAUAUCCCAUCCAGUUCUUAUGCUACUGUAGAGUUUCAGGAUAUUAAAUUCAUGUGCAAGCGGAAGGGUGGAAGCUUGUAUAAAAAUCUGCCUCACGUUGAUUGGUGUCAAACAGUUCAGACUGAACCUGAUGUGAUCUCUAUGUCAUUAGUUCCUAUCCAAUCCUUACUGAGUGGGAUACAUGGGAGUGGAUUUUUGAGCCAUGCUAUUAAUCUCUAUCUUCGUUAUAAACCGCCAAUUGAAGAGCUGCAUCAAUUUUUGGAGUUUCAACUUCCAAGGCAAUGGGCACCGGUGUUUGGUGAGCUUGCUCUUGGUCCUCAGAGGCAGCAGCAAAGCGGUGCAUCUUUACAGUUUAGCUUCAUGGGUCCUAAGCUUUAUGUUAACAAAAAUCCGGUUGAUGUGGGUAAGAAGCCGGUGACUGGCCUCCGGUUGUAUUUGGAGGGAAAAAGAAGCAACUGCUUGGCAAUUCACCUGCAGCAUCUCUCUACGCUGCCAAAGACCUUCCAGCUCCAGGAUGCAGUGAAUGGAAAUAUCUCUCGACUUUCAUCAGACCGUAGAUACUUCGAAAAGGUUCAAUGGAAGAGCUUCUCUCAUGUCUGCACAGCUCCUGUUGAGGCUAAUGAUGAUUUGUCCGUUGUCACUGGCGCUCAAUUUGAAGUUGGAGACUCUGGCCUGAAGAAAGUUUUAUUUUUACGGCUUCAUUUUUCUAAAGUAAUAGGUGCGACUAAUGUUAGACAGGCUGAGUGGGAUGGUUCCCCCGGCUUGGCGCAGAAAUCUGGAUUAAUUUCAACCCUUAUUAGCACCCGUUUCUCGAGUGCUAAGAAGCCACCUCCUCAGCCUGCUGAUGUGAACAUAAACUCGGCUGUGUAUCGGGGGCCUCCAGUGCCAACACAGACACCUAAACUAUUGAGGUUUGUGGAUACGACCGAAAUGACAAGAGGACCGCAGGAUUCACCUGGGUAUUGGGUUGUGUCGGGGGCAAGGCUUAUCGCUGAGAAUGGUAAAAUAUCUCUACGAGUCAAGUAUUCUCUGCUGACCAUGAUUUUGCCGGAUGAAGAGAUGCAAGAUAACUACUGAAAGCUCGUCUGGCACGUACUCGGAUGUUCGUAUUCGCAUCUCUCAGAUGGAGGGCAGGGAUUCUGUUGGAAUGUUUGUCGAGUUUGGGUUUGGUUGUACAUAAUUUAUUUUGUAAUAUGUAACUUCCUAUGUAAAUUCUUCUUUAUUCUUUUGUUAAGUAGAUUGAACUUGUCUUUGUGGUGAUAUUUGGAUAUUUGAAUUGGAUGAGUUAAUUGACUAGGUUGGUUUGUUGUGGUUU